AUGGCAACUGACCUGGGCGUGAAGAGGCCGCUCCCCGUCAAAGGGAUGUUUCCCCGUGACGAAGGGAGCAUGAUGCAGAGAGGCCCAGGAAAGGGCACAGACACCAAAGAAAUCGGCCCACAUGUGAGCGGUGAAACGCGAAAUGCUAAAAGGAAUUACGCCUGUGAGGCUAAGUACCUCACGCUACCUAGCUAUAUUGUGGACCACAGCUCCCGGAAGAAUCAAUUUCCACCUAUUAUCUUCACCCAGAAGGACGCUGAAGGAGUACACUAUCCCCACCGCGAUGCACUUGUGGUGAGAGCGGUCAUAGCCCGGAGUGGGCUCAAACGAAUGUUAGUUGACAACGAUAGCUCCGUCAAUAUUCUAUUCGUGUCCACCUUCGACAAGAUGAUACUGGACCACAAGUUGAUGCCCACCUCCACUCCCUUGUACGAAUUUAUGGGAGAUAGCAUCACUCAAAGAGGAAAGAUCGCCCUUGUAGUGGAGAUGGGGGAGUCUCCCCAAACUACAAUGAACUUCAUAGAGUUCCUCAUUGUUGACAGUCGAUCGGCCUACCACGGAGUAUUGGGUAGAUCAGCUAUAAAGGAAUUGGGAGCUCUGAAGGAAUUUGAAGCCGUUACCUCCAUUCACCAAGUAUGCAUGAAAUUUCCAACGAAAAAUGGGGUGGCAAGGGUAAGAGGUGACCAAAGAGGCUCGAGAGAGUGUUACCUAAGCUCCAUCAGAAAGGUAGAUCUCCGGGACAUCCAUGUGAUUAUCGCCAACAUAGUCAUGGCUGAUGUCCCAGGUGAUGCUCCCUCCGAACCGGAAGAUGUUGAAAUGAUCGAUGCACCACCCAUUCUAGAAGUAUUGGUCAUCGAUGAGAUUGACCCCCACGUAAUUGAAUAUGAACCUCAACCAUCCCCAGUUGAGGAACUUGAGAGCUUCUCAGUGGACCCCCGAGACCCAUCCAAAUUGUUGAAAGUGGGCAAAGACUUACAAAAGAGAAGAGCCCUCAACCCUGAAAGGUAUGAGGCCCUGAAGGAAGAAGUUCAGAAGCUCAUCCAAAAUGACUUUAUCAGGAAGGCCACCUAUCCGAGGUGGGUCUUUAACCCGGUUUUAGUGAAGAAACACAACAAAAAAUGGAGGGUAUGCGUUGAUUUCACUAACCUCGACAAAGCUUGCCCGAAGGACAACUUUCCACUCCUAAAGAUUGACCAACUGGUAGACUCCACGGCUAGGCACGAGUUGUUGAACUUCAUGGACACAUACUCUGGCUACAACCAAAUUUCCAUGCACCCGGCCGAUGAGGAACACACUUCUUUUAUCAUAGACAGAGGCCUUUACUGCUAUAAGAUGAUGCCCUUCGGGUUGAAAAAUGCUGGUGCCACAUAUCAAAGGCUCGUCAACAAAAUGUUUGUGGACCUUAUCGGCAAGACAAUGGAGAUCUAUCUAGACAACAUGCUUGUGAAAAGUUUGGAAGAUGGAGACCACAUAACGCACCUCAACAACACCUUCCAAAUCUUGAAAAGGUAUGGGAUGACACUCAACCCCCUCUAG